AUGCCGAUUUGUGCCUUUGAUGAGUGGGCCAGCGGCCGUGCCCAGACUCUCCCUCUUUCCGCCCUUAAAGGUGCUGUCAUAGGCAUCGAUGCCUCCCACUAUCUUGACCAACACCUGAAUCACCAUGCGACCAAAGAACCCCUCCUCAUUGCCCUGGGAGGCUUCCCGUUUUCUCUGAAAUCCAAUAUCGAAAAGGAGCUCCAAGCCCUGAAGAACUUGAACAUUACCUGCGUCUUUGUCUUCAAUGGGCUUGAUUUCGGGAAACGCGAAACCGAUUUCUCUGCUCAAGCUAACUCUACUCGCGCUCUGGAACAGGCAUGGGAGUUGUAUGACCAGAAACAGGCGGACCAGGUCGUCGAUGCCUUUAGUUCGGCCGGGAGCGCAAAACCCGAGACUCUUUAUAAGUUCUUGCAAAGAAUUCUACAUGAACUAGGAAUCGACUUUCUCGUUGCACCUUACGCUGCUUCCGCACAGCUUGCCUACCUUGAAAAAGGCCCCAACCGAUUCGUCGACGCUGUUUUCGGCCCAUCAGACCUCUUCCUUUUCGAUAUAGACAAAGUCAUCACGAGACUGGAUACCGACCUUUCUAAAUUCACAUGGAUCACUAGGCAAAUAUGCCAAGAUGAUCUGGGAAGGAUAACAAAUGAGCAGUUCGUCGAAUUCUGCUUGCUCCUUGGCUCCCGAUUUCUCCGAGCCUUCCCACCUUUCGAAAACGUGGCAUUCCCUGGAAAGAAUGUUAAUAUCCGAGAGGCUAUGACCGCGUAUAAUAGCGCCGGGCGAAAUGCUUUGGUUCUGUGUGGUCAGAUUGAAGAUGACCAUCGAAUCAAUGACUUGCCCUACGUUGAACAUUUUAAGCGCGCACUCAUGACGGUGAAACACCAUAUAAUUAUGGAUAUUGAUGGGAAGGUUGGCCCUAUGGAUGCUGAGAAUGUAUCCAACGACUUGCAUGAACUCAUCGGGCAGCGACUGCCAGAGGAACUUUACUUUUACAUGUCCAAGGGUAUUCUUGGUUCUCAAGUUCCCGACUGGUUGACUUCGGGCGAGCUCUUGAUCAGGCUACCACUAGGCGCUGAGGACUCGGAGAUUUAUCGUCGUCUCCAGGGAGAUCUUCUUACUCCUAUUCGAACCCAGGCUUUGUGCCUGCUUUCCAAUUCUCUUCAUCGCUUCUACCAGACUAAAGCUAUCAAUGUUCGUACAUGGUAUGCGCCGAAAUCUACCCGCUCUAUCAACCUUAAGGAAGAUUUGCCUUCAGUGAAGGAGUCUACCAUCUCGUGGAAACUUCGAAGUGAUAAAUUCCCGGAAAGUGUCAAGCAACUCCAGGCCGAUUCUCUCCCAUUUACUUUCGCCCUUCGAGCUUUGAAGGAUCAGGAGUUUGUUUCCAACUCAUUCUCAACCCGGGAUGCGCCUCCUCUAUCAUCAAAAACUGAAAUUCUUGCAAAUGUAAUGUGGAGGUUAUUACAACUACGGGGCUAUGUCAAUGAUAAGCACCGACUCACUCAAUGGGGACAAGCAUUGGAAGUAGCCAUGUCGUCAUUAGACCCUGCGGAGAACUUGGAAGAACCGACUUUUAUUGCCGUGGAGCUUUUGCGUCUCGGGGUUCUGAGCUCUAAGGAUUGGUUUGCGAAUAUCUCUGGUGGCCCAAUGAGGGGUACCGAUGAGGAGAAAAAGUUCAAUCUGCUGGUGUCACAAGUUGCCUGCAUUGGCAAAAUCCGCCACAAAUCCAUUGGCUAUUCAGGUCCUCUGAGUAGACAGCUCCUGUCGUUCCGUUCCCUAAUAUGCGCUGUCCGGUCGAGCCUUAGAGAUUUGGUUGAGGUCGUCCUAGCAAGUCUUUUGUUGAACGGAGAAGCGGACCGCGAUCGUGAUGACUGGACUGAUUUGGGGCUCAGUCUUCCUUUUAUUGAUGAUAACAAUUGCGGACUUGGAAUUGCUGUUCGGACGUAUCUUGACGACUUGCCACAACAAUCGGAGCCAAUAUCGCCAAGAGUUCGGGCUGAGGUCAAGGCCAAGGGCAAAGAGUGGUUCCAACAUAGCGAUAGCUUCAGCGGAAACCUGGACAUGGCCUUCACACUUUGGGAUGCGGUUUAUCGAGCAUCUCAGAAUGCUGGGAAGGAGUUCAAAGAUGCGAAAUUGUGGGACGAGACCAAUAAAUGGUUGACGGAACGGAGAUAA